CACUUUUUCACAAAACAGCUUCGGUGAACAACUAAACAAAGGACUACGUGCAAUCCUUUCGAUAUUUUAGCCAGUACGAGGAGUUAAACCGAGAGACAGAUAACCCGUCAGAGAUGCAAAUCGUUCUCGCAUCCCCGGUGUCGCAGCGAUGGGUAGACUGUGGGCAUUUCCACGAAUGCAGCUCUCCACUGACCACUUCACGUCCCAUUGACUCACGGAUCUGAACAGAUGUCCGGUCCGGAAUCGAGACCGCUCCACCUUCCCUGGAUACACAAAUGUCUCGCGGUGUAGAGGGAAGCUGGCGAGAUUUACACAGAUUGAGCCGCAGCGUCUCGCGCGCCGGAGAGAGGAUGAGAGGAUGCUCGCGAGAUACGGCCGGAGGAAUGCGGAGCACCAAACUCUCGUUUUUAGCAAUAUUCCUACUUCUGUUACCAAGUGCGCAGGCUUCCGAGGAUUACCUGAAUCAUGAGGACUCUGGGUCGGCAGGACCAUUUCUGGAUGUGGCCACCUCACCAUCCUCAGCUCAUCUUUUGGGCGGCUUCAUCAUUACAGACAAGAGCGCAGUGUCAGACAUCCAAUCAAAUCUCACAGGCUUAUCAAAGGGCAACAGAGAACAGCCUGCGUUUUCCUCGAUACUUACUUUACUGGCCAGCACAGCUCAAAAACCUCCUGAACUUCUGCCAUCAAAAGCCACUCCUGAGAGUCCCGUUACAAGAGUCAAAGAAACUCACCAAUGGCCUUCAAACGUAUCUUUAGAGAGACUGGAGUCGUCAUUCACCUUUCCAUCUUCUUCCGAACUGGUCAGCAACCACUCUUCCAACUCAGAGUCUGAGUGGAUAUCUGAACUAGUGUCAUCUGAGUCUACAUCCAAAGCUGCUGACCCUCACCAUAAAGCCAAUGAUUCCAACAUCUAUUCAUCUGAGCAAAGAAACACUGCUAAACCCAACAAAACUUCUGCCAAAACUGUGUACACACAACGAGAACGAGCAGAGGUCACGACUUUUACUGUAUCUCAACCUACAAUGUUUACCAGCAAUACUGUUACCACGACCACAACCAGCACCCCAACUACUACAACCACAGAGCUGACCAGCACUACCCAUUUAACCAGUGCUAAACGAAACAGUAAAACAAUUACAACAACUAUCAAAACAACAACCCCACUCCAAGAAUCAUCAAGAACAACACGUAGAAUGCUGUCCCCCUCAACCUCAAAAAGUGCUAAGUCCACUCUAUCAAGAAGCACUUUAGGCCCUCUAAGACCUGCUGCCACUGAAGCAACGUUGCUCAUGUGUAACAUCACUGACAGGAUGUGGAUUAAGACAGUGCUGUCCAUACAGUUACGGAGGAGUCGUCUAGAAAGCAUUUUGAAGCAGAAUCUCCCUAGAGGACUCACUCAAGCACUGAAGAAGGCCUUGAAUGAUAGCAGCGUUCAGGCUAAGAUUGAGAGCAUCUCCAGCGCUCCUAAUGUGACGGUUGGUUACUAUGUGAUGGGUGGAGGGAUAGUGUACACUGCCUCAGUGGUGGUAGAGGCUGUGACUGUCUACGGUAUUGAGAGAUUGAUGGCGGACAUCCGGCAGUUUGUGCCAUUGGUGCAGGCCAUACCCAUCCCAGCUGCCCCCUGGAGAUCCAGCCCUGCCAUCUCACUCAUGCUGAAGACAGUUCUGAGGUUUGUUGGUGGGGGUGAUGACCUUAGGUCCUGUAGAUUUGCUCAGAUGAUGGAGCAGAGACUGGAGAAUGCUUUCGCUGAAGCAGAGGUCAUUGUGCUCAACUCACACAACGCUCUCACUGUUCAGAUCUUGAGUGUAUCUCAGUCUUUGGGUUCUCCUGCUGUAUCUCUCAUAUAUGUGGUGCAUAAUGGAAGUGUCAUUCUAAAUGGAAUAACAGCAAGUAACCUCCUUAGCCGCUUGACUGCUGAACUUGUGGGCUACUUCCUGUUUUACCCUCCACUGAUCACUGCUGAGCCGCUGGAAUACCACAACCUCAACACUUCUAUAGCAACCAGGCCCUUUUGGGUGAUCACAGUGGUUCAGGAUGUGGAGAACUCGUCUCUUGAGGGACAGUACCAGAGCUUUGCCAGUCUGAUGGAGGAGCGUUUCGCAGAGCUCUUUAUGGUGGCCCAUCAGCAGGGCGUUCGCUUUAAACGGGCAACAACAGUGGGCAGUUACACCGUCCAGAUGGUGAGCAUCAGGCGUGUGCAUGGUCCAAAAAACCCAGCUGAGAUGACUUAUUACGUCCAGCAGAAUGGGACCCCACUACUCGGCACAUCCGCAGCCAAACUCCUCAACACAGUGGAUUCACAGACUAUGGCGCUCACGCUGGGAUUUUUUGUCCAACUGCAGGCUGAAGCUGUGGUGAAGAAUCCACCCAACAACCUGUGGAUCAUCGCUGCGGUGCUGGCGCCCAUCGCUGUCGUAACCCUUAUCAUCAUCAUCAUCACCACGGUGAUGUGUCAUAAAAACAAGAGCGAGUUGAAAAGUGACCCCAUUGGUAGCUUCAACCCCAGAGUCAAGACUGCUUACUGGAGAGACGUUGGGUAUUACCCUCAGCCUGUUCAGGGGUUUGACUAUGCCAAGCAGCACCUGGGUCAGCAUGGUGGUGAUGAAGAGUCCCUCCCGGUUACCCAGGGCACAAUGAUCCUGCCCCACCCAAUUCGAGAUGCCCCACUGUCCUUAGACAAGACUGUACGUCAAGAUGUGUCCGCCUCAAAAAAGAGAUUGACCAGUCAGAUAAGGAAAAGUAAGGUACCGAGUGAGGAUGGCUCUGUCAUCAGCAGUGAAUCAGUGAAGGGGGUCUCGGGCAAGAGCUUGAGUGUGCAAAAAGCCAGAGCGCAGCAGAAACCCAUGAGGGAGGAGACAAGGAAGAGUAAUGAUCAGUAUGAUAGUUCCUCAGGAUCACUUCAACUUAUUUCCAUAAAACCAAUGGCCGCCCCAUCCACCUACUCGCACCCUGCAUCCUCCGACCGCAGUCAGGACUCUGCCAUACUCAAUGGAGAGGUGAAUUUGGCUCUGAAACAGAAGUCUGACAUCGAGCACUACAGGAAUAAGCUCCGGCUGAAGGCCAAGAGGAAGGGUUACUAUGACUUCCCUUCUGCUGAGGGGAGAGGCAGCACCAAAGACCUGAGUGAGCAACACAAAUACAGCCACAGCAGGCCUCCAGAACCUCACAGCAAAGCACAAGAACCUGAAGACGACAGGGGAUCCACAUAUGUGAAGCACAGCAGGAGAGGUUCUCAGGUGAGGCAGCAACUCACUCAUCGCAGUAGACAGUCCCUCAACAGUCCAAGUCCUGGGGAAACUGAAAUGGAUCUUCUGGUCAUGAGAGAGAGACCCAGAAAGGGGAUCCGCAACAGUGGCUAUGAUACCGAGCCAGAGAUUAUCGAAGAGACUGACGUGGACCGACAGGCGGGCCGUCAUUAUUACGGUUGUGCCCGUCGAAUCAAAGGUCAAUCUGAGGCGUCGACGUUGAGCUCUCAGCCCUCCAUAGAUGAAGUCCGGCAGCAGAUGCAUCUUCUACUGGAGGAAGCCUUCAGUCUGGCUUCUGCUGGACACUCCAGCUCCACCAGACACCACCGCCUUCAUCAGCAUCCUCCACUAGGACCGUACUGCCUGGGGACGGUCAUCCCAUACUCAGAGGUGGUGACCAGCGCACCAGGCACCUCGAUUCGAGGGCAGAGGGGUGUGCAGUGGGUGCCAGCCUAUAGACCGGACCCUUACCAGUACAGUCUGGCCAAACAGGCUUUCAGGUUCACUCAGCUGCCAGAUAUGGCUCUCGGAUCACCACCACCACCGAUCCCACCGAGAACGGGCCCUCCACCUGAGACAUCACUGAGACGGUCAUCAUCUGAUCUUGGUCCAAAAGGUCACUACCCUGAGUCAUCAGUGCAGAGUCAGCAUGACAGUGCCCCCUAUAUGCCAAACAUCAGAGCACCAUUCCUGCCGGUCACUACAGAGCCCAUUUCCAACCCCUCAGGAAAUCCCAUGACAGCAGUGUAUGCCAUCCCAGCCACUCGCCCUGGAUACACGGGCUGCUUCCUCUCCACACCGCCUUCAUCCUAUCACAGCCCAUCUUGGAUGUCCUACCCGCCUGAGCCCGAGGAUGUGCCUCCUCAGUGGGCCGAAUCUAUGCCCUUACCAGGCUACGCAGAGGCCUUUCCUCAUCCCCACUAUCCUCAGGGCAGCCCGCUACUGUGGCACCACAGCCAGGCCACGUCUGCUCAGGGCGGUCCAGACCACCGGCCCACCUCAUCCACAGCAGCGUCCCAGCAGAGUCUAACUGAGCGUGGGGAUCCGAUCAGCUCUGACACCCCUCUCAGCAGUCUUUCCACCUCAGCCCUGGUCCAAGCCAUCCGCGAUGAGGUGGCCAAACUGGCCAAGAAGCAAGCAGACAUGUUUGAGUUCCAGGUGUAGAGCUUCCCUGCUGAAACAAACAUUAGCUGGCUUGCUGGUAUUAGCUGGUUUAAGAUGGUAUCCAGCCUGUUCAAGCUUGUGCUCAGGUGGAUUAGCUGGUCUCCCAUCCUGACAGCUAAAAAGCACUCAAAAACCCUCUAAAACCAGCCUUACCAGUAUGGGAGACCAGCUAAGACCAGCUAACCAGCUUAGAUGUAUUUUUGUGUUAUUUCAUAAGGGUUUGCGGUGGUUUAUUGAACCAGCUGCACUGAGACGAGACUCAUUAAUGCAGUUAUGACUUCUGUAUAGAUUAGACUCCUGAUUAUAUUUAACUGGAUACUUUAAUUUAUUCAAUUUCAUUUUGUCUGCUGUUUAUUAAGGUUUUGUGUGCUUCUUUUUGUAUGUAUCAUUGUAGUAUAACAUUAAUAUUUAAUUCAAGUUUUCAAUUGGACAAGAGGAAAGUCUACACGGUUUAUCCAUUUUAACUGUGUGUUUCCUUUGUAGAAAUGUCAGAAAUAACUCAAAUUGGCUUGAAAAAGUAUCCGGCUCCCGAGUCCCCGUGCUCAUUAAAUCAGUACCACCAGGGAGAGCUAUGUUAAGAAAAACUUAAGUUCAUAAACAAAGGUAAAUUUUAUUUCAUAAAACAAAGGUAAAUACGUUCACAUUUACAUAAAUACUCAUUUAUAUCCAUUAAUCCAUUCAAUAGUACUAAGCCCCUAUGGGAAACGGUGGUGGAAAAAAAUUAGUAGGGAGGGAAAUAAUGAUCAAUGCUUUUGCGUUUGCUCACAAAACUUUUGCGUUUGCCUGCUCUCACAAUACAAAGACAAUAAUGUCUUUGCAAGAGACUCAUGCUUUUAGAUAUGUAUUCCCACAACUGAAUGCUCUGCGGUCUAUACUGUUUGUGGAAUUACUGUCAUGUAAGAAGAGUGAGAAGAUACAGCGUCUCAUUCUGCAUUGUGUCAUUACACCAGCAGGUGGCGAAAAGUCAUAAAAGUCAACACAGUCUAAAUGUAAAUGGUAAAAUAAUAGUGGUCAUUUAGUUAAAAACACUAACACUAUGUUCCAAAUGGCAUAAAUGAUGGGUGUGACACAAUCCGCUCCCUAGUUCAGCAGUCAGGAGGACACUGGUCAGGGAGUCGGCCAUUUCUAGGGCUGUCCCAAUCACAAAAUUGUUCCAGUGCUCUGAAAUAUUUGCUCCCUGAAAACUCCCAGAAUGCACAGUUAAAACCAGGGAACAUCUUUGUUAUCUUGUGCUAUGUUCCCUUACCGUAACCGUCGUCAUUUCUUCUGAAGUCUUUCAAGUCGUUACAGGACAAGCGCAAGUGCAAAUAUAUGAUGCCAAUGCCUUUUCCUCUUUAAAAGACAAUUGUCUUACUAUUGGAGUCGUGAGUUCGAAUCCAGAGCGUGCUGAUUGACUCCAGUCAGGCUUCCUAAGCAACCAAUUGGCCGGUUGCUAAGGUUGGUAAAGUCACAUUGGGAUAACUUCCUCAUGGUCACUAUAAUAUGGUUCACUCACGGUUGAGCAUGUGGUGAGUUGUGAGUUGUGCGCGGAUGCUGCAGAGGAUAGCAUGAGCCUCCACGGUAAGGCACUCAAUAAGCCACCGGGUAAGAUGCACGGAUUGAUUGUCUCAGACAGGAUCGAGGUGAGUCACUAUGCCACCACAAGGACCUAGUGCGCGUUGGGAAUUGAGCAUUCCAAAUUGGGGAGAAACGGGCAGAAAACACUCCUUUGUAAUUAAUUUCUUCAUUUAUUUUUCAAAAUGUCACUGUAUGUUUUAAUAUCUACCUUAAAAAACACACUCACAACAUUGUCAUUUAUAAAGUGAUCUUGCUGAUUAAUAACAGCUGCACUUGAAUGAGCUCGACCUUGUUAUCGUGAUGCAGGUGAUUGAGUCAUAAAUGUCUCGAUGUUCAGUGGACUGAGUUUGUGUUCACGAUAUACUGAUUCACAACAAAGGGAGCUCAGGAGUGGAUUGAGACACGGGGUGUCUUCACAGCACACUUUAAAGAGAGAACAUUCAUAGUAGCGAUGCUCCAGUGUUGUUGGACAUGAGUUCCAGCACAUUUUAGGCCUUAUGGAGAGGGAAACACCACCAUCACCACCACAAUAAUAAGAAUAUACAGUUACCAUGUUUACAUCAUGUUCAUUAUGGUCAGUACUAUUUAAUGGAUUUAUGGAUAUGAAUGUGUAUUAUUUUUGUGAACAUUUAUGUAAAUUUAAAUGUAUUUAUGAUUUCAGAAUAUUUCUUUUUAAAAUGCACUAUUCAUAAUCCUCCAAAAUUGCUUGAAAUAAAAUGGUCAUAACAUCCACUAGCAAAGCUGGUAUGGUAAUUAUUCACAGUCAUAAAUUGCAACAAUAUCAAAACAAGCAAUAUCAGUCAUUUUCUUUGUGUGUGAAAUGACGUCUACACCAGACGUGACCAGAAAUGUUGUGUUGACUUGAGUUUGUCUACCGAGGUGUUCUAAUAUACCUGGAGUUCUCUAUCCAUUAGCAUUUCCAUUCAUUGCAGUUGCUCUUCUGGUUCUUGCAGCCAUGGAAGUGUGUGACACUGAUGCUGCACAUGCUGCCUUGUUUGCCACAUAGAAAUUAGUUUUUUUGAGUCAGCGUUAUACCCCAGUGCAAAUAGUGUCAGAUAAUAUUUGCACCCGUAUUUAAAUACUAACACAACAUUAACCCCUACCACUAAACCUAACUCUAACUUUCCCUUAGAAAAAUAUAACCUUGGUGUUACUACAGUAGCCAUAGUUUCACCAAGGUAUUUUGUUGUAAUUUUACAGUAACCACAAAAUUACCAUAGUUAUAUGAUCACCAUUUUACUGUAGUAACACCAUGGUUAUUUGCAUUAAAUCUAUGGUUUCAGCCAAAAAACAUGGUUACUACAAUAUUACUAUAGUAAUACACACAAUCUUUAAUGGCUGCCAAUGGAGAAACGGGCUGAUUUCGGAUUGGCGUACUACAAUACUACUCUUUCUAUUUUUACCAUAGCUACACAGAUCCGACAGAAAUAGCAAGAGUAUUACGGCAGUAUGUAGAUCCGACCUCAGACAUAAUUAUGGCAUCACAAGUAGGGGCUAACAAAAUGUACCAACGAGAAGAUAUGGCGCAAUGCACUCCAUUUGGCGCUGAUUUGUAUUAGUUUCAUUACUUGUGAUUUAGUUUUGAUGCUUCGCGACGCACCGCUCACAUUAGGUGUAGACAUUGAUCAUUCAUAAAGGACCUUCAUUCAUCUAAGAGUUUCAUUAAUUUAUGUAACCAACAGAAGGAGUGAAUUAUUGCUCUAAUAACUUGAGGUGUAACAGUAUACCUUGUAACAAUGUUCUGGUGCUAAAUGGUGGAGUUAAAUGUGAAACAGCUUUAUAAUAAUUUUACUUUUCGCUCUUUUAAGACAAAUUUUGUAACAUGCAACUCAUUAUUUGUUGGACAUAAGGGCUUUCUUUAAUAUUGUAACAUGAACCGUGCUUGAGGUCAUAAAGGUGCACUCAGUACUUUUUUUUGUGCAUUUUUGAAAAUAUUUUUGUUUAUGAUUUACACUCGCAUGAGAUGAGAACUCUUGUCAUAUCAGUCUUAAAAAAAGCUGAUUUUUUUUUCUGUGUAUGGUGAUGAGUGCACAUUGAGCAUCGCCAUGUUGAGAUCACGUGACCAGCUGAAUAUUACUUGCUUUAUCUCAAUAAUCCACUGUAAUUGUACAUUUUCACUUACAGGAUAAAAUAAUAAUGGAAAACUGCUAAAUUGUACUUUUCCAAUGACAUUGGUAACUAAUGUUAUUUUUGAGUGAUGCUGCACCGCUAGGAGUCAGUUCAACAUAAACAUACAUUUUACUGAGUGCACCUUUAAAUUCUCACAUAUUUCAUCUAUUUCCUUCAAAACAACUUGUUGGUAGUUUGUGAGUUGGUUAUGCAUGGAUCAAGAUAAAUGAUUUGACUGUAACUCUCUGACGUGUACUGUUUAAAAUGCACUUUAUUCUUCACUUCUUCCCACAUGAUCUAAAACCUAGGCCACUAGUUUGAUGAUGGUAAUUGUAAUAUCUCAAGAAUAAUCCAGUAUUUUCAUUAACAACUGAUUGUUCUGCCCAAACAAAACUAUAAGUAUUCAACUUGUGCAUGCAGUAUUCAACAUUGUGAAAUGGGUUUGAGCCAUUUAUGAUUAUAAUUAAAGUGAUAGUUCACCCAAAAAUGAUCAUGCUCUCCUCAAUUACACACCCGUAUGCAUCUCAAACUCGUAUGACUCUUCUGCACCAAGGAUACUGUAUAUGUCUGUUUCUUACCCUGUCAUAUAGCUUUAAAACAUUCUUAACCCAUUGGAUUAAACCACUGCAGUUGUAUGGAUUAUUUUUGUCUUUAUGUUGUUUUGGAGCUUGGAGGUUUUGGAUGUCGUUGACUUGAAUUGUGUGGACAAAAACACCUCAUACAUUCUUCAAAAUAUCUUUGUUUUCCGCAGAAUGAAAAGGAAGUCAUACAAGUUUGAGCGGCAGGAGAGUGAGUAAAUGAGAGUUCAUUUUUGGGUGAACUAUCGCUUUAAUUUCAUUUGAAAAAUGAGCAUAGAAUGAAGGGGAAAAAAUAAUAUUUCUAGAAGAUUUCUUAAAACUUGCUGUCCAUCUUUAUUUUGUUCCCAGCAUCUGUUUCCUUGUUUCACAAAACACAGACUUCAGGAAAUUAUCUGAAGGGAAAAAAAGAAGAAGAAUAGUGUAAAUGGUAAAGGUGAUAAAAUAUUAAAAGAUAAUGCAUUAGGGAACAAUACUGUAUAUCAAUAAUAAUAAGUGGUAUCUGUAAACAAAUUCUGCUAUAUCAUUUCUCAGAACUAACUUAACUGUUUUUUAUUAUUAGUUAUUUUAGCAAUAACUUUUAACCAAAUGGUGUCAUUUUUUAUUUAUUUAUUUUUCUGUUGAGACCACAACCUGAAUGGAUUUGAGUAGGACUAGUAAAAACAAAUCUGAUUUUGUGUUUUAUCAUUGAAAACCUAACAUUUUAUUAUAUUUAUUAUUAUUAUUUUAUGAUUUUGCUUGUGAAGUGUGCCUGUGCUAUUUCUUUACAUAUACGUAAUAAAAUA